AAAUAUUUCAAUGCUACACUCACGGUGGAUUUAGGGGGAGAUAUUAUGAGGCUGGUGUCAUUAGGCGAUAGCUAUUGAAUCAUUCAAUCCGAAUUCGUCGUUCUUUUUUUUUCUUUGCGAAUUUCAUUCUCUCUCAGGUCAUUUCCAUGGUUUUCAGAUCGCCUUUAGAGCUUUAUCCCUCUCAUUUCUUCCUGCCAAACUUUGCUGAUCGCCCUUUGCUCUUGGCGAGCAGUGUGCCCAGCACCAGGUCUCCCGAAGACUUGUCAAUGUUUCAGCUACCGACCCUAAACUUCUCUCCGGAGCAAGUGGCGAGCGUCUGCGAGACGCUGGAGGAGACCGGGGACAUAGAGCGGCUGGGUCGCUUCCUGUGGUCGCUUCCAGUGGCACCGGGUGCUUGCGAGGCGAUCAACAAGCAUGAAUCCAUCCUACGUGCCCGGGCUGUGGUUGCCUUUCACACGGGCAAUUUUCGUGAUCUCUAUCACAUUCUGGAGAACCACAAGUUUACCAAGGACUCGCAUGGUAAACUACAAGCGAUGUGGCUUGAAGCUCACUAUCAGGAGGCCGAGAAAUUACGCGGGCGUCCCCUAGGACCGGUUGAUAAGUAUAGGGUGCGAAAGAAGUUUCCCCUGCCUAGAACCAUCUGGGACGGUGAGCAGAAGACGCAUUGUUUUAAAGAGCGGACGCGGAGUCUGUUGCGGGAGUGGUACCUUCAGGACCCCUACCCAAACCCCAGCAAGAAAAGGGAACUGGCUCAAGCCACUGGACUCACACCAACACAGGUCGGAAAUUGGUUUAAAAACCGGAGACAACGAGACAGGGCAGCGGCAGCAAAAAACAGGCUCCAGCAUCAAGCAAUAGGGCAGAAUGGCAUGAGGUCCCUUUCAGAAUCCGGCUGCACCCCACGCAGUUCGGCGGAGUCGCCAUCAACUGCGGCUAGUCCAACGACCAGUGUGUCGAGUAUGACAGAACGAGUCGACACGGGCACGUCAAUUCUUUCAGUAACAUCAAGUGACUCGGAAUGCGACGUAUGAUACGCAAAUGAGAAAUAUAUACAGGAAAAAGGACCUAAAUGAACUUUAUUAAUUAUCGGGGAAGAUGAAAAAGGACCAAUUGAUAUUACUAUUAUAAAAGAAAAACAUAAAAGCUCGCCUUUUUUCAAGCGCUUUCAAUGGACCCCACACCUUCCCCCACCCCAUCACUUGCAUGAUAUAUAAAUAUAUCUAAAUAUAUAUUUUUUUCUUUUUGUAUAUGGGGAAAUGCCCCACGUUUAUUACUAUGUCUACCAGGACCACCGUGAAGAGGGAAUUACCAGAAACCGGUGUCCAUCGCCUUUUUUUCUGUUUUUAGUCCGAGUGACGACGAGCAGCCAGGAUGCAAUCCUCUUUUCCUUUAUGUUCAUCAGACAAUCAUUUGAGUCGUAAGCACCUUUUUACUACACUUCUGUCACUGCCUGUGUGGGGUACUGGUCAAAUGUGGAACUGAAUCGUUAUGACUGUAUCAGAUUUUUAUUUUUAUUUCCAGAUUUUAUAUUGAAUUAUGUAUAUCUUAAAUAAUGCGAUCAUUCUCCCAGUCUGUAAUAUAUGUGUAGAAAUAAGUCUGUAAAUAAUAUUGCUAUACCCAUUCUCUUUUCUAUCCCUGUUCACUGUCCCUACAUAAACUAUUCGUCAAGACGUAACUAUCAAGUGCUCUAGGCGUUUUGUUUCUCUGUUUUAUGCUUUGAAAAGCAGGCUAGUGACCAUGAAUUAUCAGUCGAGAUUAAUGCAAAAGACAAAAUAUUGGAUAUCAUCAUCGACUGACCAAGUCUAUUUCAUGUUUCCAGUCCAGCGCUUUUAAUUCAAUGUUACUUUCUUGGGUGUUUCUGUUAAUGUAUACGUUUCUAAACUGAAAAUACAGUAUUCAAUUUUGUUAUAAAACUGUAUUAUGUGUGUCAUUUCCACCAAAAAAAAAAAAAAAAAAAAAAAAAAUCUAAUUUCCACACAACAACACUCAAACAGUUACGGAGAGCAUGAAAUUACUAGUGUAACAUAUGCACCAAAAUUCAAACUUCAUCAAACAAUUUGUAGUAGGCCUACAGAAACGUUUUUGAACAUAAAAUUCGACGGUGAACAUUCGUCUUCUUUUUUGUCAGUGAGUAAGGUAAACAUGCAAAACUUAAGUGAAGGCGCCAUUAAAUUGACUAAUCAUGGAGGACCCCUCCCCUCCCCUGUCCCAGUGUCCCGUUGUAGUCAACGAAACGACGUUUCUUUCAAAAUUGAGCUCUGCUAGAAGAAAGCUCCCUCUGGGCGAGUAACCCUAACUCACAUGCACAAACAGAAACCCGUACUUGAUUUAGAAGUUUGUUAGUUUGCUCCAGAAUUUUUUCAGCGCACUUUAAGAAACACAGACAGUUUAUUGACGUAAAAUAUAGGCUACUAUGGGUAAAGG